UGCUCGUCUUAUCAUUUGUAAGGUUUCUGUAAUGUUACUUAACAGACUAUGAUUACAACACUCUGCACCAUAUCAUGUUCUCCGACCCUCCCAAACCUCCCCAACGCUGGACACAGUUGUCUUCCCCCAAUGUAACUUAAGAUGGUGGUCGCUGCAUGUCAAAUAUUUUUAGCUGUGCGAAUUGUAUUGUGUUGAAAGGUCAAGGUUACAUGCCAGUUGAGGAUUCACAAACUAUUUUGUAAAACAUCUUUGUGUAAAAAGUCACAAAGUGUGGGUUCAAAGUCAUUUCAAUGAUAUAUUUCCCAGUUAUACAAGAUAAGAAGUUUAAGAAGGCGGGGCUUAAUUUAAUUUCCAGGAAUUGAUUGGAUCAUAAAAAGUAGGCGUUUCUUACCAAAACACCAGCGGUUCAAAUCAGCACUUGGUUGUAGGGGAGGGAUCAGAGACGUCAGUGUAAAGGAAAGCCGUUUCGAUUUCAUGUAAUCUAGUAGAUGAUGCUGAUGCUUUGACACUUUCAUCAGCUGUCCAGUGUUUUGUCUUUGGCUGAAGUUGUCCGUCCUUUCAAUUCUGUGCAAAAAUGAAUGUAUAUGUAUGAAUGGUUUAAUGUUCUCUGCAAGAUGUUUUUAAGUUUUACUUUAUUUUAUUUUGUUUAUUCGUGAUCAAGCAAAUUUGCAUCUGCAGUCUCUGGGCAAGAUGUUGUUACAUAAAAUCAAGUACUUCAAUAUUUAUAUAAAAAUGAAUCAUAAAAAUCACAAAAUCACAGGCAGUAAAACUGCAAUCUCUCAGUUAGUCUCUCUGUGUAGUCUCUCAGUUCUCUCUUUCCCUGAUGCAAAAGUGUCCUUCAACGUGGGCCGUUGCAUAACCCUUCACAGGGCCCCUUUUCUAUUUUUGUUCCUGGAUACGCGUCUCACUGAGGAGGUAUUUUCUGUGGCGAGUCGCUAGCAUCUGUAGGUCUUCUAAUGUACUCUCAUUGAGCAGGACAUGGAGGACCGCUGGGAUUUAUUUUGGUCAAACAGGGCUUUAUUUAAAGGUUAUGGACUGCGAUACAGGAAUCAGGAAUGAUGAGAACAUCUGCCUGUGACUGGAGAUACCGGACAAGGCUGUGUUUGGACACCAGGUUCGUAGAAUGACAGCAGUAUGUUGUUCGUCUUACUGGGAAUCAAAAGCAGCUUGAGAAAGCCUUCAAAUCCAUCACAAUUUCUCGGACAGAGACAAUGAUGACGUUGGCAGUUUGCCUUCAGAAACACCCCGCUCAGGUCAUGCAGAUGAUUUGUAGUCGCCAGUCUUAAGCUUAUAUAGAGAUGGAGACCAUUUUUAAACAACUGGACUGAAGUAUACUUUUGAACAUGUGGAAGAGAUUAUUCCACUGUUUUCUAAAAUUGAUGCUGUUGGACUGACUGUUGUACAAUCACAGGAAAUUAUUUAAUGUGCUGAAGGAUUAACCAUUGACUGUCCAUUGAUAAAGAAAAACAACCUUUCAUGAAAGUAACGUGAUGUUGGUUAUUACAAAACUAAGGCAAUGUAGCAACUGUAGUUAAAAAGAGACAUACUGACUAUGGAGGCUACAAAAUCCUCCAGUAAUGCAGAGCGAUCCAAGCAGACGGUCAGUUUUAAAGAUGACAAAAAACACUUGUCAUUUGAGAUGACACAAAGACUCCAAUCCUCUGGCUCAGAGGACAAAGUAAGAGUGGCAGAUCAACCUCAGACAGCAGCUGAAAGUCCAUCUGCUGGUAUGGAGUCACAGGCCCUCGCUUCAGGAAGUACUCUUACCUCAAAAUCUGGAGAACAGUGUCACGUUCGUCUCAGGAGAAAGACUAUUUCUCUCCCGAACAAACAGUAUCUUCAAUCGGAAUAUGAUCUUCAGCUGUCUGAGGGCCCGCACAGAAAAGAGCAGAAAUCUGGGAAGACUGGAAAAUAUGUAUGCCAGUAUUGUGGAAGGGCUUGUGCAAAACCCAGCGUAUUGAAGAAGCACAUCCGUUCUCAUACAGGUGAGCGGCCAUAUCCGUGUAUCCCUUGCGGUUUUUCUUUUAAAACCAAGAGCAACCUAUACAAACACAGAAAAUCUCACGCCCAUGCAGUGAAAGCCGGGUCAGUUCCGUAUUCGGAACAAGACAGCAAGCAUGCAGAUGAAGAGUCGACAGUCGGGGAAGGUGAGAUGCAGUCUGAUGCCGAGCAGAGUACUGAUACCGAUGAAGAGGUCACAGAGGAUUUGUCUUUGGAUACAACAAUCCAUAACAAAGAUACAGAUAUUUUCAUUACAGAAAAGAGUAAAAAAGCAGCAAAAAAAGAUGAUGUGAUGCUCUCCACCCCAAGUUUACUCAAAAAGGAAACUGCAUCAUCGGGAAAAGUGUCUUUGUGGCAGUUUCGAGAAAUGAAGGCACCGCCAGCGAUUGCUCAGGUGGACCAAAUGGUGGAGUUCUCCACCAUCAAGCAAAGACUGGCACUCAGGCUGUCAGAGAAGAAAAGUCAAGACUCUGACCAGUCUCUUUCCCUGCCCAGUUCUUACAGUAAGGGUAGCACCGAUUCCGGCUACUUCUCGCGUUCCGAGAGUGCCGAACAACAGUUCAACCCGGCAAGUGCGAGUGCCAAGUCCUAUCAAGAGAUCAUGUUUGGAAAAUGUUAUAAACCGACCGCCAGACCAAAGCAAUCAAUCACCGUACAGACCUGUAUGACGGACAUUAAUGAAGCCACGUCAAGUUUCAUGAUAAAACUAAACAAAAGCACGAAGCCGGGUGAUCUAGAAUCCUGUGUACAUCGGAGCAAAAAAGACCUUGUCCGAUCGUUAAAAAUUGAUUCGUUGCAAGAGGAAGAUUACCAAGAUCCUGAUAUGUAUCAAGGUAGCACUGAUCUUUUGGAAUUAGAGAGUGGCAUGUUCUUACGCAGUAACUCUCUUCCAACGUCAUCUAAUUCAAAUCUGAAUGCACCACAAGGACUAAGAAGCAGUAAUUCAUUCGAUGAAAGAAUGACAGGUGCUGAUGUCACUUACCGGGGGGCGGUGGGUAUAAGGAGACUCAUGCGUCAAACUGCGUUUGAGCACUCAGCUAAUGAGGGACAUGGUGAAUCAGACUGUUACACUCACCUGGCUUGUAGCCUGAAAUCUGAGUUAAAAAUUGGCACUGAAAGCUAUCAAGAAACUGAGUCAUGGCCAAUCUCCCAAAGCCAAAUGUCAGAAACAUCCACAAGAAAAAGAAGAAAAGACAAAAGUGUCAUGGAGGAAGAAGAUUCUCAAAGUCAAGGGUCUUCAAACAUAUCUAAGAUAAAGGAAAGUGCUUUAGAUACUGGCUUCUCUGAUACUGAGAGAAGAGCUGGCAGCAAUGUUAUCUCAGUAAUUCAGCAUACGAAUAAAUUAAACUGGUCAAACGCUUCAGAGACGUCAUCAGACAUUAAAUCACAUAGUGCAGACAAAGCUGCCAAAUUCAAUGAAAAGGAGCAUAGGAUAGAGGGUCAUGGAAAUGACACAAAUCGUAGCUCGGAAAGAAUAGACUGGCAAUGGGGUAGCAGUGUAAACCUGAAACCUCACAUGAUGAAGCAGCAGCUAGCCUCUCAGUCCAGUAUCCAAGUGCCAGAGAUUAGAGUAACAGUGGAGCCUGACAGACCAGACAAAAAUCCAGAUGCAGGGGUCAAACAAAGAGAGAAGCACACUGAAGAGUUCCAGUGGCCGCAAAGGAGUGAGACACUGUCACAGUUUCCAGUGGAAAAACUACCACCCAAAAAGAAACGUUUGCGAUUAGCGGAGAUGGAAUGUUCUUCUGGCGAGUCCAGUUUUGAAUCUGCUUGCACAAGUCUCUCCAGAAGUCCCAGUCAGGAUAGCAAUUUAUCUCACAGUUCAAGCUUCUCCCAGUCACUCGACAGAGAGGAGAUCCUUAAUAUCGCAUCUCAAACCAAUUCAGAUGAGUUUAAUAAGCCAUUGGAGUUCUUAUCAGUUCCACCGAUUUCCCAGAGUAAUCACAAAGAAAUGCGACGAUCUGCAUCAGAGCAAGCACCCUAUAACUUUCCUAUAGAGGUUUCGGAGUUUAGAAGCAAGUCAUUCGACUAUGGAAGUCUGUCUCCAUCAUCUUCAUUUAGGCAGGAGGAUGUUAAAGAACGUAGAAGGGGCUUCUUAGUUAGACAGACAUCUUUAAGUGGCGAACCCGAUGCUUGCUCUACAAGCAAACAAUUUUCAGUUGAGGGAUCCAUUGAAGAAAUUAGAUGUUCUUUAACUUCUGGUCCCCCAUUUCAGCAGCAUAAACAAAUCUCAUCUAAUAAGCAUUACACUCACUCCAAUGUUUGUCUUGACAUUGAAAGCAUAACGCGUCUAAUUAAGAAGGAACCUGAAGAUUUCCAGGCAGCUGAUACUUAUAUCAGCUUAAGAAACACACAGGAAGAUUGUUCACAGAGCUUAGGCAAUGUUUUGACCACAAUAGCAGUGCUUUCACAAGCUCAACAAGCAUUAGCCAGUCAAAGGAUGUCUAGUUUACUAGUUCCUGUACGAAUUCAGAUGCAAGUGCCAUCCUAUGGAAGCGUAACAUACACAAGUAUAUCUCAUAUUCUGGAUUCACAAACACAAAAUCCUAUCUUGUGUGUAGAACCCAAGAAAUCCAUCUGUGAGAGUUUCACUGGUAUUAAUAACACAACAAGUGAACCAUCUCAAAUUUCAAGGCAAGCCAGGGGACAACUGCGCAACCCACAGGCAUCACCGGCAAAGCUUAACACAGGCAUCCCUUUGUCGUUAACGUCCAAAACCAUCUCGACCACUGAGGCCCCUAGUGGCAGCGCAAACAAGCGCAUGCUUUCUCCUGCGAGUAGCAUUGAGCUCUUCAUCGAAGCAAAGCAGCAAAAACGAGUUAAAGAUGAAAACAUUUACGGACAGAUUGUCAAAGAGCUAGGUGCUGUGGAGUUAGGAAAUCUUAAAAGUGAAAAGGAAUGUCCCAAGAACAUUUUUGAAUCCGCAAAUAUCCAGGAGCUCACGGAGGAGGUAGAUAUGGAUGAGGUCAACUUAGAUUCAUACCCCAAUGCAAAACUACAGUCACCUGCCAGUAUUCCUCAAGAUGCUGCUAUAAUGGAAUGCAAACCAACAGCAGAUCGCACGAUGGCUACUCGAUAUACUGCCUUAGGUGCUAUGCCCACUGAGAUCACUGGUGCUUUACUAUUCUCCAAAUUUCCAGGGCUUCAUACUACUACUUGUGUAAGCUGGUGCUAUCUUAACUCAACUAAGCCAAAUAGCACCCAAACAGCCACCCAGUUUUCAGAGUAUGCCUCGUGGUUCAUGAGAUGCCAUAACCCCAACCCACCCAGUCUUAACACGGGGAUGGUUCUUGCUCUUCUCCGAUCCAAACAAAGGAGGCAAGAUGUGGUUUAUACGAUCGCUACCAUGUAUCAACCUGGAUUACUUGUUACCUCCACUCCAUGGAGACAAAAACAAGAACAACUAACUCUGGAAUGCAAUGAGGAAGAGAAAAAACAUGACGUAAGACUGAAAGACAUUGGCCAGAGAUGCAAAUCCUUACGAGAGGACGUUGCAUUGUCUGUACGUCAACCAGAACCAACGCGUGUAAGGAUUUUCGAAGGAGGCUAUAAGUCCAAUGAGGACUAUGUGUAUGUGAGGGGCCGUGGCAGGGGAAAGUAUAUUUGUGAAGAGUGUGGUAUUCGUUGUAAGAAGCCGAGCAUGCUCAAGAAACACAUCCGAACUCACACAGAUGUGAGACCUUACGCCUGCAAGUGCUGCAAUUUUGCCUUUAAAACUAAAGGGAAUCUUACCAAGCAUAUGAAGUCAAAGUCUCAUAUGAAAAAAUGCCUCGAACUGGGAGUUUCACCCACUGCCAUUGACAGUACAGAGGAUGCAGAUGACCCCCAGAAGUCCCCAGAUAUCAGGCCAGCGGAAACACCCAAUAAACAUCAGUUCUCAGAUGUGGAGGACUCUGAUGGUGUCGACGAGGAUGGCGACGAGCCAGAAGAUGAGGAAGACGAUGAAUGCGAUGGUGAUUCUACACCAAAAACGCUGUCCAGAAGCACAAGUCCUCAGCCCUAUGCAGUCAACAAGCCAUUUUUCUCCAGCCGUGUCACUAAACCAUAUCACGACACAAGCCUCAAUCCAUCGAAGGAACAGCUCGAAAUUUCAUUUCCGGGUACUGAGGAUGAUUUCACUUAUUCAGAGCUCUGCCCACCUCAGCUGUUGUCACCUUGUUGGGACUCACCUCGCCCGAGGUACACGUGCCCUAGAGGAGACUUGUCACCCCAGGGCCAUUUGUUGUCAAGCCGUGAUUCGUCUCCCCUGAGGGCCGUUUCUCCGAGGAGAGAUCUGAGUAUCAGAGGGGAUUUCUCACCUAUUCAGCAACUCUCACUUGUAAGACCUGCAAGUUCUGACUCAAUAGGACGAGCACAGUCUCCAAUGGGUCGACAAAAAGGGGUUCUCAGGGCCGCGUCCCCACGUAGGGGCUCUUACCAGCACAGGGCCCACGUGGAUCAGGGAAGAAGUGUGAGAUUUCAGACUUCGCCCCAUAGACCAGUUUUUGGAGUACUCUCAGAUAUGGGAAUGGAUCAAGUAGAUGCUCCUCUGUACGUUCCUGUUGGCCUAUGCAGCACUAAAGAUCCAUCUACCAGCCUGCAUACAGACAUCCUCAGCCAUUUACCUUUGCACUCUCAAGGGCAGGUGCCAACACCUGUUCCAAUGAUCCCUAUCGGGGGAUUAAGGAUGCCCUCCACAUCAUCACCCGGUGCUGCUGGGGAGAGAAAUUUCCUCCCGUCAAUUCCAAAAGGGAACAUAUCAGAAAGUGCUUGCAACACCUCAGCCCCCAUCCCAGAUCCUGGAUUAGCUCACGGUGGAGAGAUGCCUCACACCAGCCUUCCCCACAAAGAUGAUAGAAAGGAAGAGAGCGUCCAGAUCUGUGCAAAAGCUAUUGCAUCCCUCCGAAUAACAUCUGAUGAUGCAACUGAUAAAACUCCUAAAAGUUGAUUUUUAAUUCACAUUUGAAAGCGAAGCUGAAUUUAAGCUUUGGCCAGGAACAUCACGCAGUAUGCAAAUGUAGAUGUAAACGCUUGGCCAACUCAUUGCAAGUGUGCAGUUCUAUUGAACAAACCUUUCUGGUGGUCAGCAACCUCAGUUCUCUACUGUACCUUUAAAUGUCUGUGCCAUGAAACUCAAUGUGUUAUUCAGGUAAUUUGCUACAAACAAUCUCUCCUUUACCGUGAUUAUUGAUUAUUCCACCUGAAAGAUACCACAGGACCAUAACAACAGAAACCGACAGCUAAUCUCUGCAAAAGAGCCUUUUUUGACAAUGCAUACUUGCGUGUCAUUAUGAAUCGUGGCCUUAAGUGUCGAAGUUUGACCGGUCAUCAGUAAGUUCCUGCAGGCAGAUGCCAUAAAUACACCAUUGUGGGGCAGAAUUGAGAUGAAAGGUAGUGUAAAAAGCUUUUUAAAUGCAAUGCAAUUCAGUUGUGUUUAGCCAGUUCAUUUAUUUAUGAACAUAAGGGUAUGUUUCACAGUCUGACCAUGCAUUUUUGGAGUUUGGUACUUUAAAAGUAAAUGGAAUCAAGUAAUGCACAGAUUAUGCACAUGAUCUUACACUAAUCACAUUUACAUGACAUAUUAUAAAUAAGAUGCGACUUUAACAGGACAUUGAAAGCAUUUUCCAGCAGGAAUUGUGAUUCCAUCGAGUAACAGAAACAUUCAUACAGAUUCAUAUGGAAAUCAUCUUCAUUGACUUCUGCUUGUGCCUUUUAAGAAUAUGUCUGCAUAUCCCCUCAAUGAGAGACGGUCAUCAGCGGUUUCUGCACUUACUAGUGGUGGUUAUUUAGUUGAGCUAAUAUAUGAGAUAUCGUGAUUGCUUUAAAGAUUGCACUUACCUGUAUGCUAAAGUUUGCAUAUUGCAUUAAGCUGUGCUAUAAUGUUGCCUUUGAUGCUGUUGUAUAUUAUCGCUGGCACCUUUUUAACUUAAUUGACUGAAACUCUUUUUUUUGUUUAAAACUUCUAGUAUUUUUCUAAAUGUAUCAUACCUCGUUUCUUUAUUUAAUCUUUAGAUUUUUCAGCGCUUAUGUAACAAAAUGCCAUUACAAGCCAUUUAUAAUAAUUUAAUGGGAUAUCAUAUUAUUAUGUAAGAAGUGGUACGUAUUAUGUAUUAAGAUGACUAUUUGAAGCACUUUUUAGCAAGCUGAUAGCCUGAAUGUCAUGUCAUCAGUAUUGGAGCUAUAUGUUGAAGAUAAGAUAUUUUAGGAUUGAGGUUUUUUGAUUGAUAUAAUCAUAUGGCACAACAUUCCAGUGUUAAGUCAAUUAUUUGUGCACACAUACAUGCGUGAUCGUACAUGCACAUACACAUAAAACUACUAUCAUGUACUGUAAUUGCUUUUGAGGAGUGUUCAGUGUUGAAGUGAGCAAAUAUGAUUGGUCUAUUUGAAGGGAUUUAUGCUUUUUUGUGUUUAUCUUGAUAUCAGAUGAAAGGGUUGUGUCUGGUGAAUAUUUGACUGUUUGAAUGUAUGAAUCGACUAUAAGUCAUAUUAAAUGUCUUUGCUAUCUCAUUUUAAACAUAUUGAUAUAUGAAGUAGCAAUCGGUGCAGAGAAGCUUGUAACACAAAGGUUGUAUAUGUUAACAUAAUGUUACAAAUGCAUAUUUUUAAGUUUAAUCAACUUUACAAGUCGUUUUAACUGUAUUGACUUGUGAUGAGUUGCUGUAACUUAUAAAAUUAAGUUGACAUAACUAAAGCAAAUUUAACUUGAUUCAACUCAUCACUUGUAAUGACUUGUUAAUCCUAGUUGAUUAAACUUAAAAAAGUGCAAAAUUAUAUUUGUUAUGAACAAUACUUGUACAGCAUCUUUUAAUCUUGGUUAUGUUACCUUUACUUAAACUUAAAUGAACAUGAACCGAGAUUAAUAAAAGUUGUGUAAGUGUUUAUUUCAGGAGACCUAUAAUGCAUAUGUUAACAAAUGAUUGAACCUGUUUGUGAAGUGUUAGCGGCGACUCAUUUCAGUUUAUAUUAUUUAUAUUAAAGUCUGAGUGUUACAAACAUUAAGAUGGUGAAGUUACUGUAGUGAAACAGACUUUAUAUGAAUGGACUUUCAUGUUUACAGUAUUAGCUUAUUAAAGACUUUGAGGUAACUUAUUUUAAAUGGAUGGUAUUUAGUAGUUGUGUUAUUUAUCUUACAGACUGGCACAUGCUUAUCGUCUAUAGAAAUUCAUGAAGAUUUCUUUCUUUCUUUGCCCAUAAAGGCAGCUGAUAUCCUUAUUUGUUUGUUUUUGAUUUACUCUGAUUAAAAGAUGUCCUUUAGAAAAUAUGAUAUUAAAGUUCUAUCUAUUGAAAA